ACCUCCACCACCAACAACGACAGUAGCGAUCCCGUUUCCCUAAGUAAAGGUCAAUCAUCAAACCGGGGUUACCGAAUUCACGCUGAAAGAGUACUGCCAGUCCAGAAAGCGUUCAGGAAGGGAGAAAAGAGCAGGAACGAAACUUUAAAGGCGAGACGAGGCAACACGACGAAAAUGGAUAUCCGCGUACUACGACCGUCUGACAUACCGCAUGUUCAGCUUGCGAAUAUCACGAAUCUGCCCGAGAAUUACUUUUGCAAGUACUAUCUAUAUCAUGCGAUGAGUUGGCCGCAAUUGAGCUAUGUGGCUGUUGAUGUCUCACGCCCUCCCAAAACCCCCUACGACCCGCCCAAAAUCGUAGGCUACGUCCUCGCCAAAAUGGAAGAAGAGCCCACCGACGGCGUACAACACGGGCACAUCACCUCCCUCUCCGUAAUGCGCACGCACCGCCGGCUGGGUCUCGCAGAGAAACUCAUGCGCCAAUCUCAACGCGCCAUGGCCGAGACGUUUGCCGCGCACUACGUCUCCCUGCACGUCCGCAUGUCCAACACGGCGGCUCUGCACUUGUACCGCGACACGCUGGGUUUCACCGUGGACAAGGUCGAGGCCAAGUACUAUGCUGACGGCGAGGAUGCGUAUAGUAUGAAGAUGGAGUUGGCGGAUCUCAAGGAGCAGUUGAGGGAUGAGGAGGAGGCGAUUUUUGGGUCCGAGGGUGUGGAUGAGGGCGAGGGCGUGGGGAGUGAGGGCGCCAAGGAGAAGGCUGCUGCGGCGAAGAAGCAGAAGGUCAAGGUGGGGCGGGGGAGAGGUGUGGUGGAUUUGGUGGAGAAGAAUGAGGCGUCGGCCACGGCG